CAAAGAAGAGUCGAGAAAAGUUGACAGAGAUCAGUGUAAACUGUAUUGAUAUUUUUACGCGAUGUCCGUGUGAAUUUUCAUCAUGAUUGAGGAAAAAAUAACAGAUAUGAACAUGGGAGGAGUUGUAAUUUUUACCAAAUCCUUAUUUAUAUUUCUAUUACUUGAUGUUUAUCUGAAAGGAUCAUAUGCAAUCAAUAGCAAGGAGGUGGAACAGCACCUAGAAAUGGGGAAGAAACUGCUGGCUGCUGGACAGUUGGCAGAGGCCCUCCAACAUUACCACUCAGCUGUUGAUGGGGAUCCAAACAACUACAUGACAUACUUUAGAAGAGCAACAGUUUUUCUAGCCAUGGGAAAAUCUAAAUCUGCUUUACCUGACCUGACAAAAGUCAUUGAACUCAAGCCAGAUUUUACUGCUGCAAGGAUGCAGCGAGCCAGUGUAUUAUUAAAGCAAGGGAAACUUGAUGAUGCUGAGGAAGAUUUCAAAGCAGUGUUGGAGAGAGGUCCUAAUGAUGAAGCUUCUUCUCAGCUUAAUUCUAUUACUGAACUCCGAGGAGACAUUAAGGAAGCUUACAUGUUGGUGGAACAUGGUCAGUUACCUGCAGCUGUUGAACUUUUAGGGAGGGCCAUUGAGAAAUGUCCCUGGGAUCCAAGCUUACAUGAGACAAGAGCCGAGUGCUACAUUCAGAUGGGGGAAUACUUCAAAGCUAUAAGUGACAUACGUCCCACGACCUCAUUACGUAGCGAUAACAGACCAGCGUAUUAUAAGAUGAGUGAUCUCUACUAUAAGCUGGGGGAGGCAGAGGAAUCACUGAUUCAAAUCCGAGAGUGUUUGAAGCUAGACCCAGAUGACAAACAGUGCCAACCACACUAUAAAAAGGUCAAGAAACUUGUUAAACAAUUAAAUGCAGCACAGGAAGCCAAAGUCGCCGGCCAAUAUGAUGAGUGUCUGAACAAAGCAAAGCAGUUCAUGAAGACUGAACCAGAUGUGGAGUUCUACCAGCUAAAAGGACAAUCAUAUCUUUGUCACUGUAAUGCUAAGGGUGGAAAUCUUCAGGAAGCUCUAAUGUUUUGUAACAGAUUACUGAACAGAGAGCCAGAAAAUGUCGAAGCCUUGAUAGACCGAGGGGAGGCAUAUUUAGCCAGUGAAAAAUGGGAUGAAGCAAUAAAUGACUUCCAAAAAGCAACCAAUAUGGAUGAACAUAACCACAGGGCUCAGGAAGGACUGAAUCGUGCACAGAAACUUUUAAAACAAUCAAAGAAGAGGGACUAUUACAAAAUUUUAGGAGUUAAAAGAACUGCAAGGAAAAAAGAUAUAUUAAAAGCAUACAGAAAACUGGCAGCUAAAUGGCAUCCUGAUAAAUAUGAAGGAGACAAUAAAGCCAUGGCCGAAAAGAAAUUUAUAGAUAUUGCUGCUGCCAAAGAAGUUCUAACAGAUAAAGAAAAGAGACAGAAGUUUGACAAUGGGGAGGAUCCAUUGGACCCAGAGCAGCAGCAACAGGGAGGGGGACCAUUCUGGCAUGAAGGCUUUAACCCAUUUGGAGGGGGUGGAUUUAAAUUUAAAUUCAACUUCAAUUAACGAGGUGCCUCAUUUUAGGAAAAACUAGACAACUUUCUAAAAAAUAAUGUAUUUAUUGAUAUCAAGUUAUGUGUGCUUAUUUGUUAAUGUGUGUGUGAGGGUGCUUUCAUUUUGAUGAGGAUAAUGUUGGAUCUCACAUACGGCAAAUAAAUCAGUUUCAGCACCUGCCUUUACACCAUGAAUGAAUCUGUUAUCAUUAAGGGAAAAUAUCUUAUCAUAUAGGAAAAAACUUAUCUGUGAUUUAAUGUGAAUGUUGUGUGAUGAAUGUUGAUAAUUGGGUUUAUGUGCAGUGAAGUGGAAAAAUGACAGAUGUAUGUGAAUGCCUGUGUAUAGUAAAGAAAAUGUGUAAUUAUUUUGACAGUAGGUUAGAGUAUUGUUUUUUUUUAUACAAGGAUAUUCAAUGUGAAAGUGUAAAACAACAUAUUGAUGUAGUUAUUGAAGUCUGCAAAGCAAAAAUAGAUUUGAUGCAAAUUUGAAAAAAAAAAAUUAAAUAAUAUUGAUUACUUUAUAUUUUAUGGGUAAUUUUGUAUUAUUUAUUUGGUUCUAAGUUAUAAUGUUUAAAUCAUUUUUAAAAAAAAUCUCAAAUAGUGA